CUUUGUCCUGUUAUAAGUACUAAGCCCAUGGUGACAACACUAUAUCACACAGACUAAGAUUAUACAUACAAAAGUCAACUCUACUGUCAACAAAAUUGUAAUCUUUGAUUUAGUAUUUACGAAGACGUUAUAGGUGUUGUGUUGCGUUUGGUUUUAAAUAAUUGUGUUGCGCUACUUCAAAGUAAAAAUGCCUAAAAAAUUAAAAGUUGUUGUAAAGUCUCUGUAUUCACAUGAAAUUCGUAAAGAUGUAAGCUUAGGCGACUUAAAAUCGCUUAGACUGGAAGAUGCCUGGCCUUUUAUCAGAGAUGAAAUAGAAAUUGAAAUCGGCAGCAGUCAACUAGUAUGUAUUCCGCAUAUAACCGAGGCAUAUUUGUAUAAAAUUACAUCUCUUUUCGUUCAUAAUGAUAAGGAAACGAACGGAAAAAUGUUCACGCCUCUCGGGGAACUCAUCAAGAACAUCGACAAGGAGAAGACGAAUGUCGACUACGUGAAGUGGUUGGAGGAAGCCGAUUUCCAAGACGCUGACUUUAAAUUUCCGCAUGAAAGCGUAAAGAUAACUUUACAAGAUGAGUCCAUCAAGAAUAAAGUGAGAGUCAUUAUGGUAAACUUCUCACGCCAUACAAUACCCAAAAACAAGGAAUUGGUGAACAAUAUCUAUUUGGAUGUAGAAAACAAUAAAGACUUGAAGGGUAAGAAAUCCGUAUAUAUGAUCACCAAUGUGCUGAUAGCCAAGACCAUAGAGUUUAGAGUGACGCGCGGCACCUCUUCGAGGAUUUUCCACCUUGGAAACUCUUCGCCUUUAGUGUUUGGUUUGGAGGAGUUCCUCAUUGGUGAUGACGGCAAACUUAUUGCCAAGGAACCAGUGGCGAUCAAAUCAAAGUUGCUGCAUUGGAAGAAAGUGGACCCCUCAGAUCAUCUCUACAUACCGACCAAAGAUGAGGCUACAGCAAAUGUGUAGAUAAAAUGCAGCUAUUUAGUGAAACGCGCUUUUAGAAACCAUCGCAAUCAGAGGGAAAAGCAAAUAAACUAGAAAAAAUUAACACAACCCUCUGAUGAUUUAAAGAUAUUAGGUAAAAUGAUCAUUAGUAUGACAUUUUAUGAUAGAUAUUUUAUGAACACAUGGCAAAUUAUAUUGUAGCAAUUCCGUGAUGUAUUUAAGCUAUAAUGAAAAAUUACGGCUUUCCAUAAACUUCCAAAGAACAUUAUUGUUAUUAUUAUUAUAUGAGACAAAUUGAUUACUUAAAACGAAUGGUAUUAAAAGUAUUUUCACUGUUGCAUGCAGUGCAAUAAAAUAUGUCUGGGACUGCUACCUAGAUAGGUAGGAUUUUAUCUUAUCAGAAUGUUUGAACAGCUAUUUUAGUUGGUAAUGUAGUUAUGAGUAAUUUAAAAUAUUCCAUGGCAUAGCCAUGAAUCGCUUUAAUUUAAUUUAGGCAAUAAUGUUUUUCUCUCAAAAUAGUAACUAUAUCACAUAGAUUAAUGAAGUUUUAAAGUCGGAUUAGUAUUAUUGACUAAAUAUUAUGUAGUAUUUGUGGUGUACCAAUAGCACAAUUAAGACAAUUUAAUUUUUUUGUUUGUAAUUUUUACAUUCCAAAAAUUACUGAAAUAAUUAAAGUACGCCGCUACCUGCCUCUGUGAUUUACUAUUUGCACCAGUAUUCAAUGAAGUACUUACUUUAUGUAGACCUAAUUUUAAUUUUUAGUAUUAUUUUGUGAUUUAAUGUGAUUUAUUUUUUAUUUUAUUGUUUUGACAUUUUUCAAUGUUGUGUGUUUCCUAUGUAUCACUAUUGUAUCACAUUUAUUAUAGAAUAAAUUGUGUGUUAA